AAUGAAAAAAAUGGAAAUUUGACUUAGCAUUUCAAUUUUUUCUUAGUUCUUACAGAUUUUGAAGUUUCUUUCCUUAGUCUACAGUUCCUUUUGGUUGAUGAUUAAAACAUGAACUGUUUUAUGUUGCGCACGUGCCACUUGACGAUGCGCUGCGCAGCAUCGUCCGGAUGUCAAGAGAGAGCGCUAUGCCGUAGACGUGUAUUUCUUAUUGUGUGGAUUGGUUGGGGGGAGACCACGGGGAAGUUAUUAUCUACUGGCUAGCAGUCGGCGGUCUUCAUUCAACAUUGGGUUCUCGAAGCGGUCGGAAAUUUUGAUUUUUCAGCAGAGCGUGUGGAAGUGAAUCAUGUCGAUUAUUGAACCUGACAAUCCCAUAAAUGAUAGCAAUAGCUAUUUCCCUGUGUCCGACGGCGACGGAUUGGGCGAUUCGACUUCCAUCGUGCCCGACAAAUUUCAAUCCAUCUUCGAUCCAUGGGGGGACUACGUCUUCGCAACCAUUAUGAUCAUCAUUGGCGUAGUGUCGCUGUUUGGAAAUGGUUUGGCCGUCCACGUCUUUCGGCGAAAAGGCUCCGAAAUCAACGUACCAGAAGUGCUUUUGCUGAACAUUGCAGUCGUCGACCUAUUUCUGGGAAUAGCAUCCUAUCCGGCUACCAUUGUGGCCGCGUUUUCACAUCGCUGGGUGUUCGGACAAACAGGAUGUACAUUGUACGCAUUUACGUGCUAUUUCCUCGGAUUGGCGACUAUACUGUCGCUGACAGCCCUGGCCAUCUUUCGAUUCAUCAAAACGUGUUUCCCUCAGAAAGCCCAGUGGAUGAACGUCCCGAGAACUCGACUAGUCAUCUUCCUUAUCUACGUCUACAGCAUGGGUUGGGCCAUGAUGCCGUUCUUCGGCUGGGGCGGCUACGACGUCGAACCUUUCGGAUUUUCCUGCACUCUGGCCUGGACUCACACGGAUCAAAAUGACCGGAAUUAUAUCCUGGCAGCCAGCAUCUUCAACGUGUUUCUUCCGAGCAUAGUCAUCACGGCAAGUCACUUGGGCAUCUUGUUCAAAAUUCGUCAAGCGAGCCGAAUGUUUUCCAGUAAAUCAGCCGGCAAGCAGAGCAGCAAAGCCGAAAUCCAGUUCAUCCGGGUCUCAUUUGGCGUGUGUUUCGGUUUCCUUAUUGCCUGGUUACCGUAUGCCUGCAUCUCUCUUUGGUCCACCUACGGCGACGUUUCCGCCAUCCCCCUUUGGAUAACACCAAUUCCGGUUCUACUAGCCAAGUCCUCCAUCGCUUACAAUCCAAUCAUAUACGUAUUGCUGACGCGACGCUACAGGGUGGAUUUUUCGAAAGCUUUGCGGGAGCUUCUUCAACUAUCUGUCAUCAAGGAUGGCAGGAGAAUUACAAAUACGAUUCCUUCUGAACAGCUUUAAGAUUAUCUGGUAUUGUAGAUGGAGAUGGAAAACAUCGCUGGUGAAACCAAUGAACAUUCACUGAAUAUUGCCAUCGGCGAAAGCAGUGCCACAGAAGAAGUCGUCCGUGGCUAGUGAUAGAAUACCUCUUUAUUUGUAUUAGGGAUCUAAAGAAACGAUGAAUCAUAUCUGUGUGGAAUCUUAUUUAAAGCAAUUGUAUCAAGAUUUGCUUUUGUAUUGAAUUUGAUGUGAUUUAUCUGGGGUCGUUUAGGAGAUUCAAAAACGAGUCCUCCAUACCUUGAUAUUUUUACGUAUGCUCACUUAACCGGAAAUAAAACAAAACAUUACCUGAUACCAUCACCAUUCCCAACAAAAAAAAAGUAUAAUUAUUGCUCAGUGUGUCUAUUGAAUAUUAAUCAUCUUUUUUCAAUAUCGCGUCCAUUAUGUAAUAUUUGUCUUGAAGUGGAAUUUAGGACAAUGACUCACAGCAACAUGUACUGUUUUGUCAUUGUUUUCAUGUGUUUCUUUAGUGUACAUUGAUAUUUUUCACCUUGCUUACUGCUGCUGUUGAAUUUCUCGGAAAAUCUUCCUAUUGUUGGAACGAAGUUCAGUGGGAUUGAUCUCCCGUUUAUGAUUGUUUAUUGAACGUUUCCAAAAGUCUGUAAGUUUCAGAACAGUUUUUCCACAUGUUUGCAUAUUUUACAAUGACCAUUAUGACCUAUUCCAAUACAUGGGAAUGCCACCGUUUGA